AUGCAACUUGAAGAGAGAAAUGCACAAGACAAUGAUUCCACCAUGAUGCACUUUGUCCUGUUGGGAUUCUCUGACCUUCCAAACCUCCAAGGACUUCUAUCUGGAGUGUUCACAAUAAUGUACCUGACUAUCCUAAUUGGAAAUAGCCUCAUAAUCAUAAUAACCAGCAUUGAUCCCACAUUACAUAAACCUAUGUAUUUUUUCCUGGCAAAUUUUUCUUCUUUGGAAAUCUGUUAUGUUUCAGUCACUCUUCCUAGAAUUCUGUUCAAUCUUUGGACACAGAAUAGAAGCAUUUCUUUGCGGGACUGUGCCGCUCAACUGUGUUUUUUUCUUAUAUUGGGAGCCACUGAAUGUUUCCUGCUGGCUGUGAUGUCCUACGACCGCUAUGUGGCCAUCUGUAACCCUCUGCACUAUGCUCUGGUCAUGAACCCAAAGAGGUGUGCUCAGCUGGCUGCUGGCUGCUGGCUUGGUGGAAUCCCAGUGCAGAUAGGGCAAACGUGCCAGAUAUUCUCUCUGCAUUUCUGCAAUUCCAACCAAAUCAACCACUUCUUCUGUGACAUUCCCCCCAUUCUCCAGCUGGCCUGUGAGGACACAUCUGCUCAUGAGGCAUCUGUCUAUGUGGUAGCUAUGUUGUUUGUGGCUGUCCCUUUCAUGCUGAUCCUUGCCUCUUACAGCAAAAUCAUUUCCACCAUUCUAAGGCUUCCAACAGCCAAAGGAAGGGCCAAGGCCUUCUCCACAUGCUCUUCCCACUUGUUGGUUGUGGUUCUAUUUUUUGGAACUGCUACUAUUACCUACCUAAGGCCCAAAUCCAGCCAUUCUGCAGAUAAUGACAAGCUGCUGUCUCUUUUCUAUACUGUGGUGACUCCCAUGUUCAAUCCCCUGAUAUACAGCCUCAGGAACAAGGAUGUGAUUGCCUCACUAAAAAAAAUUAUUACUAAAAAUGUAAUGAGUUAA